AUGAACCAGCUAUCAUGUGCCUUGCAAAACUUUCGCCACCUUUUGAAAACAUGCAUAGCCGAGAGAGACCUCUUUACAGGCAAAGCUCUCCAUGCACUAUAUUUCAAGUCCCUCCUUCCUCCUUCCACAUACCUUUCCAACCACUUCAUCCUCCUUUACUCCAAAUGUGGCCGUCUCUCCUCUGCUCGGAACGCCUUCGACCAGACCCAAGAACCCAAUGUCUUCUCCUUCAAUGCUAUCGUCGCUGCGUAUGCAAAAGAGUCCCAUACCCACAUUGCCCACCAAAUGUUUGAUAAAAUCCCCCAUCCGGACUUGGUCUCCUAUAACACCCUCAUUUCUGCUUAUGCCGAUCGCGGCGAGACUGAACCGGCGUUGAGUUUGUUUACUGGGAUGAGAAACAUGGGUCUUGACAUGGAUGGGUUUACCAUCUCUGCUGUGAUCACGGGUUGUUGUGAUGAUAUUGGUUUGAUUAGGCAGUUGCAUUCGGUGGCGGUGUCAGGUGGUUUUGAUUCAUAUAUUUCUGUAAACAAUGCGCUUGUAACUUACUAUAGUAAAAAUGGGUUUUUGGAGGAGGCGAAGAGGGUGUUCUAUGUCAUGGGAGAGGUAAGAGAUGAAGUGUCUUGGAAUUCCAUGAUUGUGGCAUAUGGCCAGCACCGCCAAGGGUUGAAAGCCCUGGCAUUGUUUCAGGAAAUGGUCAGGAGGGGAUUUAAGGUCGACAUGUUUACAUUGGCAAGUGUUUUAACUGCAUUUACGUGUGUGGAGGACUUGUUGGGUGGACUUCAGUUCCAUGCUAAGUUGAUCAAAACUGGUUUCCACCAGAAUUCACAUGUUGGGAGUGGCCUGAUCGAUUUAUAUUCCAAGUGUGCUGCUGGUGGCAUGUCAGAUUGUAGGAAAUUAUUUGAAGAGAUUCCUUAUCCGGAUUUGGUUCUUUGGAACACAAUGAUUUCUGGGUAUUCUCAAAAUGAUGAGUUCUCUGAAGAUGCUCUAGAUUGUUUCCGUCAAAUGCAACGUGUUGGUCACUGUGCUGAUGAUUGCAGCUUCGUCUGUGUGAUUAGUGCAUGCUCCAAUUUGUCAUCUCCCUCCCAGGGGAAGCAGAUUCAUGCCUUAGCAAUCAAAUCUGAUAUCCCUUCUAAUAAAGUUUCAGUGAAUAAUGCUCUUGUUACAAUGUACUCCAAAUGCGGGAAUCUUCAUGAUGGAAGAAGGUUAUUUGAUAGGAUGCCAGAGCAUAAUACUGUCUCUUUAAAUUCGAUGAUUGCAGGUUAUGCACAGCAUGGGAUCGGAGUGGAAUCACUACGGCUUUUUGAACAUAUGCUUCAGAUGGAUAUUGUUCCUUCAAGUAUAACCUUUAUCUCUGUCCUUUCUGCUUGUGCUCACACUGGAAAAGUUGAGGAGGGUCAGAAGUAUUUCAAUAUGAUGAAGGAGAAGUUCAAGAUUGAACCAGAAGCGGAGCAUUAUUCAUGCAUGAUUGAUCUUCUAGGUCGAGCAGGCAAACUGGAUGAAGCUGAAAGACUCAUUGAGACGAUGCCAUUCAGCCCUGGCUCUGUUGGCUGGGCUACAUUACUCGGUGCAUGUAGAACACAUGGAAAUAUUGAACUAGCAGUGAAGGCAGCCAAUCAGUUUCUUCAACUGGAUCCUUCAAAUGCUGCUCCAUAUGUGAUGCUGUCAAAUAUGUAUGCUAGAGAUGGAAAAUGGGAAGAAGUAGCAACAAUUAGAAAACUUAUGCGAGAUAGAGGAGUGAAGAAAAAACCAGGUUGUAGUUGGAUUGAGGUGAAUAAGAGGGUACACGUUUUCGUGGCUGAAGAAAUUUCCCACCCGAUGAUUAAAGAUAUUCAUGAAUACUUGGAAGAGAUGUCAAGGAAGAUGAAGCGAGCGGGGUAUGUACCUGAUUUAAGAUGGACCUUGGUAAAGGACGAUGAAUCAGUGCAAGGAGAGAAGGAGAUACGGUUGGGGCAUCACAGUGAAAAGCUAGCUGUUGCGUUUGGGUUGAUCUCGACUAGAGAGGGAGAGCCUAUACUUGUGGUGAAGAACCUGAGGAUUUGUGGGGAUUGCCACAAUGCAAUCAAAUUUAUCUCUGCCAUUGCUGGGAGGGAAAUCACUGUGAGAGAUGCCCACAGGUUUCAUUGCUUUAAGGAAGGGCAUUGUUCUUGUGGGGAUUAUUGGUGAUAUUUCUGCUAGUGAAUUUCAGUUCUCUUUUGGCAGCAAAUGAAGAUCGGCUUCUACAAGCAUGACAUGAAUGACUUUUCAAGGAAACCAAGCGAUUGGCUUUUCAAUGGAAGAUGCAUUAGAUUCAUGGCUCCGAGUCUCUAACCAGGCAAAAGACAUCAUCAAAUUCCUACCUUGGGGCAAGUUUAUAGGAAUUGAUUAUUGGUCCUGAUUUUUGUGUAACACAUCCCUACUUUUAACGAGAUAGAAGUCAAAAGAUAGAAUCAGCUAGGUCAUAUUAGACUUCUUCUGAUCAAGAAACUUUAAAAUGGAUGUUCUUUUUCUUUUCA